GCAAUCAUUUAUCAGACCCUGGGAGGGGGCCAAGGCUCAGGAGCAUUUGGAUGCCGCUUUUCCCUGGGCCUGGCGUGAGGAAUGCAAGGUGGUGUCAGUGACCAGAGAUUAGGACAGUGGAAUUUUGCAUUUGUUACAACAGCAGCUGGAGCGAGUGGUGGCGGCUCCACAGCAGCGUCCCCGAGCAGGGCGCGGCCGCCACUCGGCGGAGCGCGCGCGGGGCGCGAUCACGGUUCCGGCGGCGGGCGAGCCCCGGACCCGGCCCUCUGAGACCGGGGCGGGAUUCUAGAAAGCAGCCCGGGACUUCGCCAGUCGAUGCCGGCGCUUGUCCUCGCAGCCUCCGCACCCGCCGAUCUGUCUGCCAAGGCGCCCUUCAACUCAAGAGUUUAUUCUCGUUUCUUUCAGUCCUGCUCGGCAAAGGAUCAGUUGCCAUGGUGAAGGAGAAAGUUGCCCCCCCUCAGGACGCUGCCCCUCCAUCAGAGAAGCCAGUCAUUCACUGCCAUAAGUGUGGGGAGCCGUGCAAGGGUGAAGUGCUUCGAGUCCAGACCAGGCAUUUCCACAUCAAAUGUUUCACCUGCAAAGUGUGUGGCUGUGACCUGGCACAAGGGGGCUUCUUCAUCAAGAACGGGGAGUACCUCUGCACCCUGGACUACCAGCGGAUGUAUGGGACAUGCUGCCAUGGCUGUGGGGAGUUCGUGGAAGGAGAGGUGGUGACUGCUCUGGGCAAGACCUACCACCCCAACUGCUUUGCCUGUACUAUCUGCAAGCGCCCGUUUCCACCCGGAGACCGAGUCACAUUCAAUGGGAGAGACUGCCUUUGUCAACUCUGUGCCCAGCCGAUGUCCUCCAGCCCUAAGGAAGCCACCUGCUCCAGCAAUUGCGCUGGCUGUGGAAGAGACAUCAAGAAUGGGCAGGCGCUGCUGGCGCUGGAUAAGCAGUGGCACCUGGGGUGCUUUAAAUGCAAGUCCUGCGGAAAAGUCCUCACCGGGGAGUACAUCAGCAAGGAUGGUGCUCCGUACUGCGAGAAGGACUACCAGGGGCUCUUUGGGGUAAAAUGUGAAGCCUGUCACCAGUUCAUCACAGGAAAAGUCCUGGAGGCAGGUGACAAGCAUUACCACCCCAGCUGUGCACGAUGCAGCAGAUGCAACCAGAUGUUCACAGAAGGAGAGGAAAUGUAUCUUCAAGGUUCUACCGUUUGGCAUCCCGACUGUAAGCAGUCUACCAAGACAGAGGAAAAGCUGCGGCCUACCAGGACCUCCUCUGAGAGUAUUUAUUCUCGACCCGGCUCCAGUAUUCCUGGCUCACCAGGUCAUACUAUCUAUGCAAAAGUAGACAAUGAAAUCCUGGAUUACAAGGAUUUAGCAGCCAUUCCCAAGGUCAAGGCAAUUUAUGAUAUUGAACGUCCAGAUCUUAUUACCUAUGAGCCUUUCUACACUUCGGGCUAUGAUGAUAAACAGGAGAGACAGAGUCUCGGAGAGUCUCCAAGGACUUUGUCCCCUACUCCAUCAGCAGAAGGCUACCAGGAUGUUCGGGAUCGGAUGAUCCACCGAUCCACUAGUCAGGGCUCCAUCAACUCCCCUGUGUACAGCCGGCAUAGUUACACUCCAACCACAUCUCGUUCUCCGCAGCAUUUUCACAGGCCUGGCAAUGAGCCGUCCAGCGGCCGGAACUCCCCUCUCCCUUACCGGCCAGACAGCCGCCCUCUAACUCCAACUUACGCUCAGGCCCCUAAACAUUUCCAUGUUCCAGAUCAAGGGAUCAACAUUUACCGAAAACCACCCAUCUACAAACAGCAUGGAACUGAUAUGAGACGCAGAUCUAGUGGCAGAGAGGAAGAUGAGGAGGAACUUCUGAGACGCCGGCAGCUUCAAGAAGAGCAGUUAAUGAAGCUCAACUCAGGCCUGGGGCAGUUGAUACUGAAAGAAGAGAUGGAGAAGGAGAGCCGGGAAAGAGCAUCUCUCUCAGCCAGUCGCUAUGAUUCUCCCAUCAACUCAGCUUCACAUGCGCCAUCAUCUAAAACCUCAUCUCUCCCGGGCUAUGGCAAAAAUGGGCUUCACCGGCCUGUUUCCACAGAGUUUGCUCAGUAUAACAGCUACGGGGACGUCAGUGGUGGAGUCCGAGACUACCAGACCCUCCCGGAUGGCCACAUGCCUGGAAUGCGGAUGGACCGAGGAGUGUCCAUGCCCAACAUGUUGGAACCAAAGAUCUUUCCAUACGAAAUGCUCAUGGUGACCAACAGAGGGCGCAACAAAAUCCUAAGAGACGUGGACAGAACCAGGCUGGAGCGCCACCUGUCCCCGGAAGUGUUUCGGGAAAUCUUUGGAAUGUCCAUACAGGAGUUUGACAGGUUACCUCUUUGGAGACGCAACGACAUGAAGAAAAAAGCAAAACUCUUCUAAGUCCCGCACAUAGACAGCAAUUAGCAAAAGGAGUGACAAUGGCGGGGACACAUAGGAUGUUGUAUUAAGGCCCAAAACUUGAUUGGAGAGUUUGCAAACUACUGUCUCUCAGCAACAAUAAAAGGGAAAAAUCUGAUUAGAACACCCAUGAGCCGACUCUUGGGCCAACCAUCAGCAGCACUUGCCAAGAAGCAAUGGGGUAGAAAUUUCUAUGUUCUCAAACUCACCAGUAAUGUUCACACGUGACCUUUGACAUGGCCCUGCAUACACAGCAGGAGCUACUUUCUUCUUUUGUUUUCCUUUAACUUGCUCAACCAUAGCCCUGACUGUAAGGAUAAGAGCCAGCAAGUGCCCUUAGGAUGCCGCAUAAGAAAAACAAAACAAAACAGUUGUAAGAAUUCCGAAGUAUGAAUAUUUAUUCUGUAGCAGGGUGGCUAAGAAGAGAGACCCCCAGGACCUAUCCAUGUGGCCACAGCCAUUCUGCACCAGCCUUUCCUUAGGGCCUCAUGCAGCUCCGCCCACGCUCAGCGGGAAUGGACAUCGCAGCCUAGCAGCUGGGCAACUCUGUUUUUGAGUUUCAGCAAAAGUUGUUUUUAACAAGCUCCUUGUUCUCUACUACCUGCUAGGACAUGGUUAGCAAAGGACUUGGCUUUUUUUUUUGAAGAGAAAGAAAAGGAAAACCUCCUUUAACAUUUUUCUGCUGAAGAUAGCGUGCUUAAUUCUUCCUCCCCGCCAAGAACAAGGAGAUAUCUUGGGUCACCUUUGCAAAGAAAGGAAAGGGAAAGAUUUGCUCCAGACUGGCCAGGUGGCGUGCUGUUCAGUGACACUUGCAGCCAUGUCUGCCCAGGGGCCGCAUCACUCUUGGCAAAAAAAAAAAAAAAGUUUGGUGUCCUAGCAACGCACGCACGUUCUCCAGCCCAGCCCCUCUCCUCUGUAUCUGGCGUCCUGCGAAUCAGAUCAAGCCCAACGCUGAUCUUGUUUUUGAAGGUCAGUUCAGUAAUAGGCUAGGGAAAGGCACGUUUUUCUCUUUUUCAAUCCCUGCAACUCCAAAGUAGAUUGCUUCAAACUGAUUUAAUUUGGCCUUUCCAUCUUGCCUAGCCGUGUGUGUGUGCGUGUGCGCACAUAUGCUUUUUAGUCUCAUUUCUGCUUGAAUGUUUGUCCCACUGUGCUGAACCUUCUUAGCGACAUCUGCAUAGACGCAGUGCACCCAACUCAAAGAUUUGGAUGAAGCUACAUUGCCCAUGCCCGACACCACCUCCUUCACAGAAGGGCGUUGGUGCUUAGCAGCCAUGCACAAAGGUAGCUAAUGUUGGUAUCAGACUGAAGACGAUAGACCAGGCUGUGUGUGGGGAUCAGAGCCUCUCACCUGAGUCUUCAAACUCAGCAACACAAGAUUCAAGUCUGAGCCUAAGAUUUCACCAGCACACGUAUAUAAGACCGCAGUGUGAUUCCUGAAGGCAUCUCACUGUGACUCAAAUAGGAAGCGAGCCAGAUGAGGGAGGGUCUCUCCAACUCCACAUACAGAAGGAGAAAAGACACAUUUAUUCUCAUGCUUGGAGCUCUGCUUAGGAAUUGAAAGCUCUAUUUUAAAGCCAAAGGAGAAAGCAUUUGAAUUCAUCUGCAUCAGUCACAUAAUAAAAGCUCAGAAAUUCUUCCUGCUGGCACCAAGUAUUAGGAUUGCUAGCUGUCUAUCUGAUGCUGAUGGUAAAAAGCAAGUAGAAUAUUUCCGGAACCUGAGCUGCAACCUACAACUGGCAGCACACGUCCGCGCGCUGGGUGCUGGAGCGGAUGCUCAUUGCUUUGCCGCAUUCUCCUGUCUGCUUGCAGGAGGAAUCAACGUUUGCUUGCCUUUGCAGUGCUAUGCACUGAAUGUUUGAGGACCGUUCUCACACAUACACGUAUAUGUGUGUGUUCAGGCAUAUGCACAUAUUGGAUGGGGUGGUGCUGAGGAGGUGAGACCAGCCCCUGCUGGACCCGAGGUCCAGCUGCAGUUCGCAGCAUUGCCUCUAUGUAUCGUUUGCCUCUUGCUUCGUCGGAUAUUUUCACUCUCCCAUCUUCUCUCUGACCUCUCCUACAUUGGCAGCCUUGGCCCGAAGCCUGUGUGUCCCGUCCUUGGGUUCCUGCCCUUCAGGCUCCUUGUGAUGUGUGAGGGUAUAGGAGUAGGGACCACUCUACCCUAGCCUGUCCCCGCUGCGGUCAUUUACAGUGGCGGCUGAGGGGGUCCCAGCACUCAGCCGGCAGAGGAGUUCUUUUCAUUAUGCAGACACCAGCGGGCCCCGAAGGUUUCCACUGAUGAAGGAGGUCUGACUCAAGCAUAACUUUGCAGAUCAAAUGUCAGUGUAGGAAAACUCAAGGUAUUUGGGAAACAUGGGCGCAAUCAGGUGGUUUUGCUAAAAUUCCUGCCCAUUGGUCUGUUAGUAGCUGUGUCCUAGGAUCAGGACAUUAGUCUAAAAAAAGGGCCAACUCUGCUUAUGUGGCAGAGACCCUGAGUUAAGGGGCCUGCCUAAGACGGCAGUGAUAGUGAGAAGAGCUAAACUCUAAGGCUGUUCCCAUUAAUGAAACUACUUUUCUUGUUUCUUUUGAACUGAGUUCUGUAUCCAAGGGUGGGGGGGCGGGGAGGAGGGAAGACUUGGCUCCAUAUCAAGCAUACUAACUAAACUACCCCGUGCAAAAACGCAUUGUUAGAAAAUACCAGUAGCCUCCUGUCUCCAAGCCAAGCAGUGCUCUGCUUUGGGGAGAGGACAUCGGACACCAGAAUGCAGAGUGGGCUCCAGCUGGGAGAACAGGUCACGGGCAGCCUGGUUCUCCUAACCACCGGAUCAAAUGUAUGGGCUGCAGUUCCCUCUCUGUGAUGUUACCCCAGGCUCAGCAUGCGUGUCCUCAAAAUGUCCAGGACACAGUACAGAAGAUUCAUGUUCUCAGCUUGAACCCUGCCCGACACUGCCCUUGACAUUCAGAUAAUGAACACAGGUUGGCGGGGGUUGUUCACUCUGAGGAGGAAUUCUGUGCACAUCGAGCUUCCUCGGUGCGUAUAUAAAGGGCUACAUUCUUGAGCAUUUGAUGUACCUGUGCCUCUUUAAGAUCACACCGAUUGUAAAAAGUAAAAGUGAAAGAGGCAUACACAAGAUGUGAAAGUCAGUGCUUCCAAGUUUCUUCCAGAAAAGCCAGAAUAUCAUUUAAUCUUCCCAUGUUAUUUAUUAUAUGAAUAGCAUUUGGAAACUUGUGCAGCUAUGCAUCUGCGUUUGGCUUUGGGGUGAGUUGUGAGGUGUUCUUAAUAUGAUUUCUUUGAAAAUUAAAGAUAGUCUAUUCUCUGAAACCUCAAACAGAAAAGCUAGAGUUAGUGGGUAAAAGGUGUAAAAAAGCAAAAACAAGCUGGCCUCCCUUGCCUCCCCCACCUCCCCGCUUCUCCUGAAGUCUGCUGUUUCCCAGUCAAGUUUCCUCUUGAAGUGAAGGCUGCAACAAUUCUUUUUUCACUCUCUUCCUCCCCUUCUCAGUCUGGUCGUAUCAAUCGACUUGGAGUGGUGGAGCUGGUAACGUUUCUAAAACUUUCACCUAAUUUCAUUACACUUUGAAGCAAACACCUUUUUCUAAACAGUUGCUUCCUAGAUGAUUAUGUAAAAUAUGUACACUUAUGCAAAUUUAAAAAAAAUCAACCACUUUUGAGUACUUAGGUCUUUUUAAAAACUAUGAAAAACAAACUUGAUGCCAGCCUUCACUGACGUUUUGACGUGGCAGGCGGCUGCACCAGGCUCUGUGCUUACAGCGCCUUAUCCGAUGGUCAUGAAGGACAGUGGAAGCAAAAUGAACUCUGCAUCAUCAACCCCUCUCUGCCCUCCAAAGCAAACUCGGUUUUUAUAAAUCACCUCUUUGUAUUUCUAGAAACUAUUUCAUCUGUACUUCCAAUGCCAACACUGAUUGUAUUUGAUUUUUAAAAUUGUUUUCUUUUGAGGAGCCAAGUGUUUGUCAGUAUGCCCUAAAAGGCACUCUUCAUUGUUCCCUUUCGAAGCACUUUCUGUCCAGAAAAAGAUAUUUAGGGCUUGAGAUUUGCAAUGAUACCAUCUUACGGUGAUAAUAUACGUUAUGGGAGCUACAUUGUGAUGAGAGAGAAACCUUUCUGUUUGGCAUUUUUUAAAACAAUUGCUAUCUUUCCAUCUGCUGGCCAGGAAGCAGUGGAGAGAUGGUGACCGAUAUGCUUGGCAUAUGGAUUUUUAUAUUUUCAUUUGGUCCAGUUUAAUUUACAGUAAACUCAAAUGAACAAAGAAGUGGGGGGCGGGGGGGUAGUCUGUUUAAGCUGCAAGAAACUUUCUUAACAAUGUGUGUCUACACUGCAAAAUUAAAUGACCCCAGCCUUUUCUGAAGCUUAGUGUAAUUGAGUGUGACUGUUAUCAUUAAAUAAGAUUCUUCCCAAAAGUGUCUCUUGCGAGAGUGAAAUACCCAUGAGUCACUUCUGGAACCUGUUGACCCAAGGUGGAAGGAGAUGAUACUGUGUGUGUUGACUCAGAAAGGUGGUAAGCCACUAAAUGACUGUAUUUGCAUCUGUUGCUUUACCUUACGGAAAAGAAGACAAUUGUUCACAAAAAUGUUCUUUCUGGGUUGUUAUGUACAGACGUGUCCUCUCAUCAUGUGUGAUACCUGUGAGUCACUGACAGCACUCCAUCAAAGCUCUUACAGGUCUUUCAUUUUAAGUGGAAUUUGUGGAUUUUUGUUUUUGUUUUGUUUUGAAGUUUGGAAGGCAUACAGUUCUUCUCUCCCUCCCUCCCCUUUCGAAAUAUGAAAGCAAAUAUUUGCAAGAACCCCAUUUUAAAAGCUGUGUCGUGUCCCCUGUGGAAGUGAGUGGUUGUCCAUCUGCACCCUGAGUACCACGUGCUUGUCUGCAGGGGAGGAGGUAGCCUGCCGGGCUCCAGGUUGCUGUGCUUUACAACCCCUCACCUGCCCACGCUCCUGCAAGCAGCACUUCACUGCACUCCUAUGCCACUGUACUAGGCAUCACUGUUGUACUCAGAGCAACGCAAUGAAUAAAGUUGUGCGCUUUAUUCGUAAACGCCUCCACUCCGUGU